GUGGUUCUGAACUAAAAGAGCGCCCUGGGUCGGAAACGGAUAGCAAUUUGGACCACAGUACGAACACUUCGACAUGACAUCACAAAAUGUACAAUUUGACUUUAUCAUUUCCGACCCCGUGUCGAACCUCAAGCCCGGAAAAAGCUUACAGAUCAGGAGCCGAUGUAUGCUAGGCAGGAAUAAGCGCGAAGGCUCGAGGAGAACGCAGCGAGAGAAGAGAAAGAUCGCGAAUGCGAUGGUACCAAGGGUUCCGCCAAAUAGAGCACCCCGGCAUUCGACUACCCUCUCGCCACCAGAGCCCUUGAUCAAAGAUAUCGUGCGAACCCGCUUUUCUGGGCGCGGAAUUGAUCCCGAGGCCGAAAUGCUUCUUGCUGAUGCAUUCACAUUUAACUUUCUCGCCAAUGACGUUACACCUCUGGAACGCUGUACCAAUCUCAACUGCCUUGAAUCGGCGUGCUUCUCCUGGCUUUUUACGGACACGACUUUUCUACAUUCCAUGCUGUGCGCGAGCUACGCCAUCAAAGACUUCAAGUCUCCUCAGUCGAAGGGCAAUCCGGGUGUUCAGACGACAUUCCAUCUCCAGGAAACCCUGUCAUUGUUACGCAUCAAGAUGCAGAAGGCGUUCGCACACCAAGACGAAUCCGUCCUCCGGGUCAUCAUAAACCUCACGCUAUUGGCUAUUGGGUUUGGAGACUGGGCUACAGCAGCCACACACCUUGAAGGCUUGCGUGAAAUUGUGCAGCUUAGGGGAGAUGCGGCAUUUCUCGAAGAGAGACCAACCCUGCAUUACAAGCUCGAUCGGAUUGACCUUGCAUGGUCUCUCGCAUCUGGCCGAAAACCUUACUUCAUGCAGCCUAUAAAGUCAUGGGACUGCCGCAUACGAUGUCCAUACCCAACUCCACCUCCAGAUCUCUACCAGCCACCGGCAGCAGCCUGGGACUAUCGGAUCGUGAAUGUCUUCAAAGACUUUCAAAAUCUUGCCACAUUCCAACUCCCAGGGCAUAGGAUACCGUAUGACUGGGUGGUCGAGCAGCUGAGAACAAUGUACAUCACUGCAGAUAGCGACAUGAGACAAGACAAAAGUCUACUGCUCUGGGGUUUACUCACCGCUUCGAUUACAGUAGCUAGGAUACAAGAUACCUGGAUACGAGAUGCAUUGAGAACUGCUGUAGCUGGACUUGAAUGGAAAGACGUUCAGGCGCAUGUCUCGAGAGUAAUGUGGAUCGAGAUUGUACAUAACAAGCCUGGCCAGAAGGCAUACGACCGAGUUAGUAAUGUGAAGUCGCACACUUGGCACACUAGCUAA